CUCCUAGCUAGGCCUACUACUAGUCCUUUAGCCGCUCCCCUUCCUCAAGGAAAAAGUGCAGACGUGCAAUGACUCCUUGGCUAGCCUAGUCGAGGCCUACUUAUUUGGGAUAGGGAGGAGUGCUGGCCUAUGUCCAGAUUAAAACAUGAGCGAUCUUGGUAAAGUUCUUGAGAAAAGUAAGAAGGACCUUGCUGAACGACUCGAAAGUUUCAACAAUUUAGAUGUUGAUGAAUGCUUAGAAUGUAGAUUAGUAGGAGCUGGUGGAGCCAUAUUAACUGGUAUAUAUAUAGCGUAUGUUGGAAAGAAACGACACCAGACCGCUAAGUAUCCUAGACUUAGUAGAGUGCCCUCUGUUGUUGCCACUGCAUGUUUGUUUUCCAUUGGGAUCUGCCGUCUGAUAAAUUUCAAUCCGUGGGAAAAGUUGAACAUCGAUCCAUUGAAAAUAUUUGAUUCCCCUGAAUCAAAAAGUAGCGACAGUGGAGAGAGAUAAUACCAGAUCAAAUAUAUAUGGAAAAAAAAAAUUAAAAGUUUCAUUUGUCACUAUGUAGACUGACUGAGAUUGGUGAGAUGGUCUUUAGAGCCAGAUUUCGGUUGUUAAUGUGGAUCGUUCUGCUAUGCCCCUGCCGUUGGAUAUUGUUGCUAAAGGUGCGGCAAGACAACUGCGUGAGUGUUGGUAGAAUGACCUGUUUUUUGAUUGGUCAAUUGUAUAGUUUGUCUCUCCAGAACGUUCCAUAAACAGAAAUAUUCAUAAGCGUAGCAGUUGAGCAAACUUUUCAGCAUGUAAUAAAGGUAGAUAGCAUUUAAAAAAACUUUAUAGCUCUGCUAUUUAUAACAAUUUGCAGUGGACCAUUGUUGUGUAGGCCUACUCUGCAAAUAGUUUUAUUGAUGAAUGUAAUUUUGACUGCAACAGCUGGUAGUUCAGAGUUUCAUACUAUACUUGUGAUGUACUUUGUUUCACAAAUAUUUACUUCUGCAGUAUAAUUUAUGCAUGUCUAAACACAUGUUCU